UUAAUAUAUUAUAAGUGUAAAAAACUAUUGAGAACAGUCCUCACAGCAUAAAAAAGCAAACAGAAAAGACAAAUAAGCCUCUUCGAAGAGGUUAUGUACAAUUGAAUCUUUCAAAAGCCGCAAUCGUAUUUUGUUUUUAUGCAUUUAAGGUUUAACAAUGUCGAACUAUAAUUUAAGCUAUCGAGAAGUUGUACCAGAUAACUUAAAUCAAGAAGAAUGGAUUGAAAUAACGUUGAAUACAGGAGGGACUCAAAGCACUCUACAAGAUAUAAAAGUAUCCGACAAAGCUGGCGGGUAUUGCUUUAAAAAUGUGGCACUAAAUCAUAAUAGAAAUCGUUACAUAUACUGGCGUACUUAUCAGGAUGUAUUAGAAUUAUCAGAAGUCGGUUUAGAUUUUAAUUUAUAUCAAAAUAAUUUACGUUAUAAAUUUACUGAUUCACCAGUGAUUGCAGUGUCAAUAACAGAGACUGAUCGUUUUGUAACUUUGCUUGUUACUACAGUCAGCAGUUUACAUCGCAUUAAUUUUCCCCAUCCCGAUACAUUAGCUGAUGGCAGUAGCAUAGGUUCAUCAAGUAGUGGGUCAGUGAGUACAAGUGGUACUAGCGUUGGUGCCUCUGUUGAUUUUAAUGAUUCACAAUCAUUUUCAAUAUUUCGAGAUGCUAAUUCUUCUGUCAUACGUAACUUAUCCACGUGUUAUGUAUUAGACGCACAAACUACUUCGCAAAAUGCAGUACCACAUGCAGCAAAUAGUUUUCUAUCUCCCAACGGUGAUCAGGCUUACUUUGCCUUAGCCUGUCAAACACAAGUAAUGUUUUACAUUAUGAAUGCCACUAACGGUGAAACUACAGUACACCAGUUAAGGCAACAUAAUAUCAUGCCACGAUUAUUUUCUAAUAUAAAAGGUGCUCUAAUUGGCCGCAAUGAUUCAACUGAUGCUGAAUAUGCUACUUCUUUUGUUUUUAUUUGCGUUAAUAAUGAAAUUUAUUUAGUAACUUUAUAUAGAAACGACAAUAUACGUGUUUGGUCAACAAGUACUUUACAAAUUGUCUGCUCUAUAAGUUGUUUGCGUGAAAGCAAUGAGCAGCGUAUACAAGGGCCUCAAAGUAAUUUACUUAGAAAAAUCAGUGAUUCAAGUGUUUGUGCCUUCCUUUCUCAUGCUAGCGGCUCUGAGUUUGUUUGCAUUGAUAUAAACACAGAUGUUGGUAAUUCAUCUGGUUUAAGUUUAGUACGUCGCAGAGUUAUAUCUGCUCCUCAACUUGAUUUAACGGAUUUUGAUAUAACAGAUUUGAAUAUUUGGGCACUAUGGAGCAAUGCAGAGGGAGAAUUUAGUGUAUCAAAUUUUUGUUUAGAACGUGGAUCAAGUUUAAAUUGGAUAUCAGCGGCAAUGGAACCACCUCCAGAUCGAUAUUGUGUCGGUAUAGAGCAAGGCAUUAAUCCAAGAGAAGCUUAUUGCUCAUACAUAUUCCAUCCAGGCAAAUUUGAACAAAAUGUUUUAUCGAAAGCAUUAUCUAUGUUCCGACGGUCAAAUGUACUCAUUGAAACUUCCAAUAUGUCUGUACUAAAAGAUCAUGUUUGUCAUGCAAUUGAAGAAGAAAUUCAAAAUGAAAUUAAAGACUUUGAUAUUAGCGAUGAAGAAUAUAUAGAAGUUGCAUUACGUUUCUGGGAACGUUUCUACUCCUGUUGUGAACAAUAUCACAUGAAAGCAUGUCAACCAGUUGGUUUAGCAAUUUUGGAAUCAAUUGAUGCCAUUGCUGUCGUAAAGAAGAGUACUUUUUCAAUGUUGCGUCCUUGUGAGACACUUGAGCAUUUAAUGUUAACUGGUGAAGAAGUAGAUAUUCAACGAGUUUUAAAUUUGCAUUUUAAGGGCAGAGAAAAAGAUGGUACUGAUUUGAUUAAUUUGGUUACAAUUAUUGCACGAAUUGAGAAAUGGCUGUCAGAAGAUGUUAAAAUUGAAUUAGAUAAAAAACUUUAUCAAUUAGAAAUGCCGAAUAUUGUUAUUUCAAAACUGGCAGAUGAAAUUCUUGCUGGAGAUCCAGCUAAGCAAAUAUUACCAAGAAAUUUUCUUGUCGUAUUACGUCAAAAAUUACAAAAUAUAAAUGAUAUACGUGCUGCAAUGGUUUUGUUAUUAGAAAGUUUAAGAAUGGAUAAUGGAAAUCCAGAAGCAAUGCAGACUCAUUUAAAUGAAGCUCAUUCUACACGAUUUUUGUUGUCAAUUGGAACUCUGUUUGGUAGUCAUUUGGGACUUUCCAUACUUUCAGAAACAGUACGUCAAAUUGCUAUGAUAAGAUUUGCGAUAUGUCGCAAUUUGCUUAUCUUACAACAAGUUCUAAUUGAUACCUAUAUACUACCUGUGGAUAUUUUGGAGACAUUGCGUUCACAAUAUAUGCCUGAUACAAUCAUUUUCUUACAGUCAUACUAUGUUAUGGUUUGGAUAUCAGAGACUCCUGUUAAUAUGAAUUCAAUAUCCUUUUUGGAAACAUCUGUUCAACGAUUAAAUCUACUGCAGUUGUCUAAUGGCUCUGGUCGUAUUUACACAAGUGGUGGCAAAAGUUAUGCAGCGCCCCUUUUGCGUGUUUUUCUUAACGCUAAGGGUUUAUACACAUCGUUGGCGCUAUAUGCAGAUAAUUUUAAGACUUUAGCAAAUCCCACUUGGCAGAAUACAUUACUUCCACUCACAACAAUUGUUAGUCAAUUAAUAUGGGCAGUAUCAUUUAACUUUGUAUUUGGCGAGUGGCUAUUUGGAACAAGUCAACACAUCAUUUUAGAGGACUAUGUGCGUUUACUCAACAGUUGGUGCGAAUGGAAUUCAUGUUCAAGACAAUUUAUAUUAGCUGUAUCUUUACUCGAUUGUGGAGAGGCUCAUAAAGCAUAUGACUUAUUCCUUAAAGCAGCUAAAGGUGUUCUAAAAGAACAAUUUUUAUUUGAUAAAAUUCUUAGAGGAACUCGUUUGGCUGAGCAACUUGAAUCUGUAUCUAUAGAGGAUCGCAAUUGUAUGGAAGUCAAUAAUCAAGCAAUUGCUCAGUAUUAUUUAAAAGUUAUACAACUUUUUGAGCACCACAAUGCUUUGGAUCAUAUUAUUAAUGUUAGUCAAGCGGCUAUUGGAAUGUUGGACAAGGGCGACCCACAAUUACCAAUGUUUCAAUCUAUUGUAUUCAACAAUCACCUACAGCUGGAACACUAUGAAGAAGCAUAUCACUCACUUAUUUACAAUGCAGAAACUUCUCGUCGAAAAGAUUGUUUACGUCAGUUGGUUAUAAACUUAUUUAGCCGCAAGCGAUUGGAUUUACUGAUGAAUUUUCCAUAUGUGGGUUUGUAUGAGGAAUUGGAAAAUAUAGUUGAAUCUCGCGCUCGUUCUCUGAGUAUUGAGGGAAAUGAAGUUUAUGAUUUUCUGUAUGCUUUUCAUGUCAACAAUGGAAAUAUGCGUAAAGCUUCAGCCAUUAUGUACGAGCAAGCAAUGCGUCUGCAGUUAGAGAGUGAUUCAAUAGAAAGCGUACAAAAACGUUGUGAAAGCUUACUGGUUUGUAUGAAUGCAUUGCAUCUGAUAGAUCAUCGUUAUCGUUGGAUUGCCAAACCAGUAAUAAAUGAAGAUAAUUUAGUACAAAUGAGCAAUAAUUUUGAAGCAAUGGAGACGGAUAAUUCGAAUAACAAACACAAAGUUGCUGUUUUAGAAAUAAUUGAUGUGAAACGGGAAUUACUACAGGCAGAAGCAUUUCUUCAAUUGUCACAAAAACGGAAAGACGUACAAUCAUUUUUUAAUGCUGGGCCGCAGGAACUAACUAUUAUGCUGGCUUCCUCUGGUCUUUACACUGAUGCAGUGAAACUAGCAAAUGGAUUUAAUAUAUCAAUUUUACCAGUAUUUGAUACUUUGACCACUGCUUGUGUACAUAUAACAGAGGAAACGGCGAAUGAAGUAUGGUCAUGGUUACAAGAAAACGAUUUAGCAGAUCUACCGCAUCGAAAUAAAGCUGCUGAUAUGGCUUGGUCACUUCUAAAAAAACUUGUGAUUGAUAAUGAAAAAGAAAAUUCCACAGAAAUUCGCAAAUGCGUUGUAAAUAAAAUACUUAAUUUAAACUCAUUUGUUCCACAGUGGCUCUAUAAUGAUUAUAAGUCAGAGAAUUGUUCCGAGCUUCUAUAUUUGUAUGUUAAACAUAGUCGUUUAUUAGAAGCAGCUGAGUUAGGUAAAGAAUUUAUCAGCGCUAUGCUAGGAGCUGGAAGUGAAUACUUUAGUUGCAAACAUUCAAUUGCAGUAACCAAUGCCGAAAUGUGUUUACCUCUAAAUACUUUAGAUUUACUUUUGCAUGGCCUCAAACUAAAUGAAAAUAAUGUCGAGUAUAAAGAAGCACUCAUAGAUUUGGAAGAGAUUCUGAACAAAUAUGUCAAUACUGCCCUUAGAACAGCUAGAGAUAAAAUUGAAAUUUCUAUGCGAAAUGAGUAAACCUUGUUUUCAUUUUUUUU